CUCUCACUGGCGCCCUCUCGACUGCGAGCCGCUAUCGCUCGAUAAUGACAGACGCGCCUCUACAGGCAGCUUCCGGCGGGCAUCAACAGCAAAAUAAGCUUUCAAAAGCAUUUUUAUCCAGAUCCACAGUAAUGGACAUACAUAUUACCCCCUUACUUUGAGAACUGCCUGUUACGUGUCGGCACGUCGACAAUCUCGAAUGAUGUGAUUUUAUUUCAAUUCGAGACGGGAGCGACUCUGGACCCGAAGGUUUUUGCUGAAAUCUACUCGUAGUGAAAUUUCUUGGCAGGCAUGUCGCUGAGUGGACCGCAAGUCGACAUGGACCACAGCGCAUCCGGAAACAAUCCUUCUGUUCAGGUGGUACACCGGCCACAUUGUUCGCCAGGAAGGAGAACAUGCCGACUUUCCGUACUGGGCUGCACAUACGAGGGCACGCAGGACGACCUCGAGCGCCACGAAACGCUGGAGAGCCACAUGAACUUCAUCCUCACCUACACAGAAAAAGCUAAUGGCUCCAUGGAGACUCUCCGGCAAGCGCUCACCGAGAGCACACAGCAGAACCUGGAGUUGCAAAGUAGCCUGAACGCCAUUAAGGAACAGAUGACGGAUAUGCUCAGAGAACAGCACAAUCUUCAAGAACAAGUCCGUGUGCUUGCGUCACGUAUGCACGAUGGUCAGCAAGAGUGCCAAAGGAUGGCGGAAAGCGUAGACGUCAGGCUGGAGGAGAUGCUGUCGCGGUCCUGGCCGCAAGGCAAGUUCGUGUGGUACAUCAAGCCCUUCAGCGUUCUGCGGAGGCAGCAGGAAAACGGCGAGAUUGCACGCGUUGUCAGCGCGCCCUUCUACACGGCCGUCCCUGGCUACAAGUUGCGCCUGAUGGCCGACCUCAACGGCUACGGGGAGGGACGCGGAAGCCACCUGUCUCUAUUCCUGCAGGUAAUGCAAGGAAAAUUUGACUGUGUGCUCGACUGGCCAUGCAAGUACGAGCACGUGCUGCGUGUGGUGGACCAGACGGGGCGUGGCAUGCACCUGGACCGGCAGCACUCGUUCCGCAGCAUCCCGUCCAAGAGCAAGCACCUGAUGGGGCGGCCUGUCAACGAGUGCAAUGUGCCCAUUGGCUUCCACACCAUGGCGCCCCUGUCCGAGCUGCACAACGAGCGCUCCGGCUUUCUCCGCAACGACACGCUCGUCAUCGUCUACCGCUUCAGGAUAUGAGUGCUCCGCCGUAUAGUGCCACCACGCUGACGAACAUCACCGCGCCUCGUUGAAAACGGCGCUUUGCGAGCAGCGCUCUCGCCCCCUGCCGGAUGUUCCUGUGAUGACGCGGACUAAAGGCCGCUUUCGGCUUAUCGAUUGACUGGUAAUUCUCGCAGUGAACUGCACGCAGCUAGCGCGCGACACAUUUUAACUCCAACGGAUGGGCUCGGCGCCUUCGCAGCGAUGACGGGCUUAGCGGCAGAAAGUGGGGACAAUGCGAGCCCCACAAGGGACAUAGCAUAGCGACAUCCAGCACUGCUUCGCUUACCGUGCUUCUGUUGAAAGUCAAAAUCACCUUCUUCAUGGCUACAAUGGUGCUGUGCACUAAGUGUUGAGUUUUGCCCUGUUGUUGAAAAAAGAGUGAGUUUUUUUUCUGUCGGCAUAAAUUGAAACGCAAACAGAUUUAACGAAUGGAAGCGUGUUCUUGCAUUUAGGUGUUCGCCAGUUCGUGUUUAUAGGCGAUGUUCAUGCUGUGAUACCGAGUUUAGAAGCUAUACGGUCGGUGUAGAGGCACGUUAUAAGUUAUGACCCUAUAGUACCGCAGGGCAGCUGCUAGCCCGUCUGAAGUGUGAGUUUAUGUUUGCACUUCAAAAAUAAUAAUCGUCACGGUGGUGGUACCGUUGAUUUUAAUGAUACACUGAAUUUGUAGGGAAUCAUGCUAUAAAAGCAUUUAUCUUUCGUGUUUCAAUGCAUGGUGGCGCUGGAGAAUAAAAGGUAAAAAUAGAAAAAAAGGACAAAUUAUAAUGUUGCAAGCAAUAAACUUCCGUAAAUGUUGUAGUGCUCGUCAGGCGUUGUGUGGUCGACAUUCAGCAGUCCUGUGAGUGUGGACAACUCCGAACACCGUCUCUCAUAGGGAUAUACUGCCUCCUAUAGUUUUGCUACGAAGGGAGUAGAUGCAGUUAGAACAGCUCAACGUGAUCCUCGGGUGUAUAUCUUGUGCUGUGGCUCAGGGCGUAAUCGGCAUGCUCAAAUUAGAGCACUAGGCGCCGAAUUCGCAAAGCUUUUCGUUCGUAAGUGCUUUUUUCCAGUGACCGGCCGCCUGCGCUUAUUAGGAUUGGCUGGAAUUUUUUUUUUCUUCUGAGCUAUUCUUGAGCUAGAGGUUUUUGUGAAUGCGGGCUAACGGGCCGGAUUUGCUUAGCCAUUCGUAGGCCAAUGACAAACAAUUGUUAUAGCAGCGCGACAAGGAAGCUUAGUGAGUCCGAGUUUUGUAUCUUGCGCUCGGAGGUUGUGUACAGCAUUCUGCAGUGCUGCCAAUGGGUGUGUGAUGUCAUUUUCUGCGCGUUACUGAACAGCUCUGCUUCACUGGGAGCACCAAGUCACAUCAAGACCGUCUCACCUUCUAUGGAAACACACUUCCAGUAUAUCAUACCACCGUUAUGCAGGCGCCUUCUAGCGUGCUUGAGUGAAUCACUAUUGAACUCGAAUGCAUAUCGAGUGUGCUAAACAAUAAUUUUUCAAGCAAGGUUGACUUUGAUACUGCUAAACUUAAGCUCGCUUCGUCAGUCCUAAUCCAAAUCACGAUCGAAGGCUGGUGUUGCAACGCUCAAGCUCAUUCAGCUGUAGCAGACGCAAAACAAGAACCAAAAUUUGAAAAAAACAAAAUCCUCAAAAGCAAUAAACACAAAGAAAAAAAAAACGUUUCACAAUAUUUUUGCUUAAUACAAUGCUUGUAUUUUCAAAUCCAUGUGUAGAUGUAGAGUAGUUAGUCAAAACUGAUUUAGUAAAACACGCAUGCAAAUAAAUGCAUAGAAAAAUUCCGGUGGAUGUCGAUGUUAAUGCGGUUAGCAUUGCAGCAAUGUAGCUACAAACUGCACUGCUGAAGACACCUUUAUUUACAAUCUGCAGUCGGAGAAGUAGGCAUUAAUCACGCAUGCGCAUUAAUACACGCAUGCGCAGCAGCGCCACCAUAGACAAAACGUGUACAUUUCCGGUCACCACAAAGAAAAAUUGACUAAACGAUGCCUUCCGACCACAUCCAGCUUUGCCCCGCUUGGCCCCACAGACCACAGCGUCUACACCUUUGAACGUUACAAAAAGACGCUACACCUCUUGACGCUACAAAUCUCCACCCCCGCGGCCACUCGUGGUACAGCGUGCUAAAGUUUCGGGUAACCCGUCUUAAGCAAGCUCGAUUCCGCACAGUGCCGGAGAUAAUGUAUAUAUCUUUUUUUUAAUUGAAGGUCGGGCAAAAUGGUUAGACAGAAAUGGACACACAGAGUGAAAAAUGGACGAAGUAUCCUGAGAAAGCAUAUAGGUAUAGCAGAACGAAAUAAUUGGCACACGUAAUAAACAGCGUCUUUAGUGGCGUUUCGGACGGGGCACGAUCUUCGUCAGAGAAUGUAGACUAGCCGGUAGAUUUCAGGGCCCAUAUUCACAAGAGGUUCUUAGCUAAAUCGGUUUGUGAUAGCAUCCGCCCGGCCGCUCGCGACGCUUGAUUUAUUAUUAGUGAAGGCGGCCGCCCAAUGGCAAACAGCUCCUAAAACGAAAUGCUUCGUGAAAUUCGACCCCUGUUUUCACCGCAUCGACCGCAUUGAAUGACGACUUGUACUAGGAAAAUCAGUCGCCACCACAAUCUAAAUGAUCAUUCAGUUGGACUGUGUAGUAUAGCCUUUAAAUCACGCUCGAAAACAUUGGUCCAUGGAUACCGACCGACAUUUAUGAGUAUCAAUAUUGCUCAUGCAUAGAGGGUUAUUACAGAGUUUUGUGCACGUGAAAUCGAAAAUCUAGCACUCUUGAAGGCUCGGAAAUGCUCACAUGCACUCAGUCCCCGCAACAAAAUCCUCGUGUGACGCUUUUUCUUCAAUUCUGUCAGUAUUUUGUAUAGGAUCGCGACGAGACAUUACGUGUGCUGGUACUUUUACGCAGGCAAACAUAGUGAACGCUAAUUUUCACCGAAGCUAAAUACUGGACGGAGCUCAAUAUACCAAAGGGAGAUGUUCCUUAGCAGAGAUCUCUAGAGGAAUCUCUAGAUUGCUAGGGAUCUCCAGAGGGAUCCCAGUUCGUGUUUAUAGGCGAUGUUCAUGCUGUGAUACCAAGUUUAGAAGCUAUACGGUCGGUGCAGAGGCAGGUUAUAAGUUAUGCUCCUAUAGUACUCCAAAUACCGUCUCUCAUAAGGACAUUCUGCCUCCUAUAGUUUUGCUCUAGAGGGAUCCCUGUAGAGAUCCCUAGCAGAUGCGCAUUUUAUUAAGCGCAUCGUAUGUCGCAAAUCGCCACCGCUUUCGUUUGCCCCGCCUCGUUAAGUACUUUUCCGCACUCUUUCACCAGUAACAGAGGAGACACGAGCUAAGUGAGAAAAGCGACGUAUAGCCAAGUAUGAUUAGUCGGGGUGUGCGAAUAUUCGAAAUUUUGAAUACCAGUCUUUGCUAUUCGAUUUGAAAUCGAUUCGAUGGUAGUCCGAAAUAAUCCCACAUCCGGUUCCGCUCGAAUGUAAGAAAUAACAAAGCUUACUGGAGCACCGGAGUAACAGAGAACGACGUAAGCGAAGACUGUUCCAAAUGAUUGUACUGCGAGAAGAAAGCCGCGGUAGUUGCACAAUUGCACCACUCCGUGGGCUAACUUUGACGCGGUGCGGAUAACUUCUGCUCAGGAAGUUCCAGUCAUUCGAUAAGCAUGUCUCACUUUUAGGCAGCCAACUAGUAUACAAAUCUUAUCUCGUUUUAUUCAAAGUAAUUUUGAGCGGACUUGCUAGCGACAUCGCAGGCGCGUAUCAAACUACGUAAAAAGCCUCUUCUUUCUCUAAGUGGACUUCGUGCAAAUGUUAUGUUUAACUUUGUAUAGAACUGAGAAAAUGACCAAUAUUCGAUGCGAUAUUCGGGUGUUAUUUUGCUUCAACACAGAUAUUCAAUUCGAUUCGGUAAUGCCAUUAUUCAAACCCCUUUAGUAAUUCGUAUAAUUCUGAAAAAUUGGCAAAUCAGACCUUUCUUCCUUUUCUUUUUUCAAUGUCAACUUGCAUUAGGAGUUCGGAAACGUCAAAAUAAAUGCGCCGUGUAAUGGCGUUGUACCGACAGUGUAUGCUGUAGGAGGCAUUCUCUGUUGUUGGUGCUGCUCAACUGGAAAAAAAUGCCUAAAUGCUUUCAAAGAAAAAGGGAAAAACAAGCGUCUCUUAGUAACAAUCUCCUAAUGUUCUGCGCACUUCACUCGCACUCGUUUUUCACGUUUAAUAUAAAUAUUAGCAACCUAAUUUCGUGAGCAACCAGCAUUUCUCGAAGAAAAGGCGUCCACAAUCAACAUGUUUUCUUUUUUUUCGUUUUUUUUUCCGACGCACCAUAGCAAUGUUAGCCGACCUGUUCUAGGUUCGCCACGACUGUCACUUAAUUUUGUAUUUAUUUUUUUCCAAUCUUUAAGAGACUAAACUUUCUUUUGUGAACCUUAUGUGCUAAACAAAUUCUUAAGCUCAAAACAUACCAUGGAAUUUUCUAUCUUUUUUUUAAUUAUAGCAGCUGAGUGCUUGACUUUGGCAACAUUAUUUUUCACCUCUUGUACACCGAGACACGAUAGCAACGUAGAGCUGAUCACAAACCAACGAUUAUCAAUCUGCAGGGCGAAGCAUACCACGUUCGUCUGAAACAACGCAUGAACGCAUAAAAAAAUUGUGCUGCAUAAAUGGAAUAGUGAACAGAGACAAUGCUUUCCAGGGGCGCUAUAACGCAAAACUAUUCCAAACUUUUCUAUUCCAAUUCUGCAAUCAGCCCACCGCGAUUGGUCAAAAACUUUUUUGGACCACCCCCACUUCACUUGUCUCUCACGCGACGUCACGAAAACCACGAUAGCUCCCAAUCUUAUAUGACGUGCACACAUUGAUUAUGCAUAAUUUGACCGAACAAAACGAAAAUAGUUGUUUCUGAUUCGACGCCUUUUCGCCAUUAGCCCUUGGCUAUUGGUCAAAAGUUUUCGGGCUGCACCCACUGCACCUGCCUCUCACGCGACGUCACAAAACCGCAAAAACUUACCGCGUCAAAGUGACGCGUAUACGCGUUAAAGACGCAUUAAUAUGCCGAACAAAACUGAAUUUUCUUCCGAAUAGCCGCAGACAGCCCCGUUCCGAAAGGAAUAAAAUAUGGCUGCCGCCGAUCGCUCCGGCACUGGCCGAGGGGAGCAUAUGAUUGGUUUGUUCAGACAACUCUGCUGGUGACCACCUGAUGCUUGCGUCGGCGGCUACGCAAAUUUGACGUUAGGAGGUUUGAAUAAAAACACAUUGGAAUAGUUUUACGUUAUACGGCCCCAGACUUGCAAUUUCACGGUAUCUUUUUACCAGACUCAUUGUACACUUAAAGUCGUCACUAAGCUGAAGUUGAGCAUCUCAUUUGUUCGCGCUGUCCUUACUUUAGAAAAUAAACAACUGUGAUUUGACUUUCA